AGUCGAAACUCAAAUGCGGCAGCAGCUCAAAACGAGCACUAAGAUAAUCGUUUAUUUAAUCCAAUAAGCAAAUAGAAACAAUGGAAAAAGUAUAAAAUAUAAAUUCUAGAUAAAAACGUAACGUCAAAGUGCAAGUGCAGUGCUAGCGGCUUAGAUGGCCAUAUAUCAUAAGAUUCAAAUCGGGUUUAUUUCGGAGCCAUAGCCGUGUAGCUUUGCUUUGUCUAGUCUCCAAAAUAUUUCUGGAUCCCGAAUGCAAUCAUCUUGGGUCUAUCUUAUCUGCUGAAAGACUUGCGGUCGUGUUGGACUACUGACUUAUGGGCUCUAUAAAGAUGAAAUUGCAUCUGGAAUCGCUUGGAUGCCCCAUAUCAAUAAAAAUAGUUUCCCUAUAUAACUGACAGCGAUUGAAAUGUAAACACUUUUAUGACCGCCUACAUAUUGCGCAAUUCACCGGGCUCAUUAGAUCCCAAUUAACCAUUUGUUUUGCUGUCCAACCGAUUAGCAUAAUGACCCACAAUGGGCUUAUCAGUGGCGCUGGAGAAAGCUGAUUAGAUUCGCGGGCCCUGCGAAUAAAAAACAUAACCUGCUCAACGGGGAAACCAUCACCUUCAGACACAUUUUGUACAGGUCGGCUCUCUCAAUGGUUAUACACAUUGGUGUAAAUCAGAUAGACCUCCUGUUAUCAGUUGUUCGUUUUAUAAUGCCCCUUUUGGACUGAUAAGUCGCACCACAGCCGUUCGGUCACUCAGAACAGCACCGUCGCGUGUUGGCCACAGUUGAUGAGCUCUCGCAGACGUCGUAAUCAAAAGUUUCGCCGUUUUGCGACGGGAUGUGAAAAGUGCAAUAAAGCUGGCAAAAUCCGUUUAUAUUUCCAAAUUUCCCUCAGAUUGGGAUGAUUUCGUUAAUCUGACUUUAUCCAUACAAAUAAAUUAAAUUGCAAGGUAUCAAUUACCAAAUUUUUAAUCGAAAGCAAUUUUAAAAAACUUAUCAAAGUUAUAGUGCCUAAAAUCUUAAAAAGUGAUUUUAACAACGUUUUGACGCCAACUGGCGUGGCGACAAGUGUCUGCUUAGGAGCCCCGGCAAUCUGCCUUAGCUAAUUGCCUAGCAAUCUCCGCAUCCGAGCUGAAUUCUGUGCCCCAGAUGCCAUAAAGAUUAGUUUGCUUAUCUGGCCCUUCGACUGACAGCCACUUGGAAUAUCAGUAGUGCAAAAUGAGAGACAAGAAGGAACAGGCGAACAGCCGCAAGGCCUCCCAAGUCUCGGGACACUUUUCCCAAAUGGACGUGGACGACUCGGAGUUCAACGAUCCCUUCCAGGCUCUGAUGGAGAAGGCUGGCAACCAUGGACGGUAUCAAACCCUUUACAAUUUCGUAUUUGUCGGCGGUUUAGCCUUCAGCGGUGCCAUGAUCUACAUGAAUAUCAUACUGGCCCUCAAUAUACCCGAUCACUGGUGCACAGUGCCAGGCAGGGAAAACACCAAUUUUUCACUCGAGGAGUGGCGGGACAUUACCCUGCCCAAACAGGCUGACAACCGGGGAAGGGAGACGUUCAGCAACUGUGAAAUGUUUCAAAUGAACUUCUCAGAGAUCACGGACUGGUCAGCUUGGAAUAGCAAUGGGACAAAAACAACAGAAGCCUGCCAGAACGGCUGGAGUUACGACAAGACCUGGUACGAGAGCACCAUCCCCACGGACCACAACUGGGUGUGCGCCAAGGAUUUGUUCGUGACAAAUGUGUUCGUGGUGGGUCGUGUGACGGAGGUGGCCGGUUCAUUUAUAUUGGGACAAAUGGGCGACUCCUACGGUCGCAGGUUUGUGUACUACAUCAGCGUGGUCUUCUGCUCCCUGGGACGCCUUGGGUCCAUCAUGUGCACCAGCUCAUACACGUGGUUCCUCAUCAUGUCCGGCAUCGUGGGCCUCACCGUGAACAGCCUCUUCCAAUCGCCUCAAAUUAUCGGCAUGGAAAUCUCGCGGGAGGAGGACCGGAGUCGAAUUGCCUUCUUCCAGAGCUGCGGCUGGUCCAUAGGCACCACCCUAAUGCCUCUGCUCUACUGGUGGCUACGCCACUGGGACUCUUUCAUGUGGCUCACCUCGAUACCCACAGCGAUGGUUCUGCUUUUUUCCAAAUACGUCAUCGAAUCUCCCCGAUGGUUGAUUAGCAAACAGCGCUUCCGCGAGGCCAUUGUCCAACUGCAGAAGAUAGCCAAAAUUAACGGUCAUCGCUUCGAUAUGACCGAGAAGGAAUUGGCGGAGAUCUACAGCCGGGACAAGCAGGACGUCACCUACGGCAUUGCAUCGCUCUUUGCUGGUUGGCGGCUGGCACGCAACACCACUAUCAUGGGAUUCAGCUGGUGCGUGGUGGCCGUCUCCUAUUUCACGCUGGUGCUCUUCAGUUCCCGCAUGGCGGGCAAUCCGUUCCUGAACUUUUUAUACCAGAGCAUUGUGGAAAUCCCCGCCUACGUCGUGGGCCGUUAUAUGGGCGAUACGUACGGCAGGCGGUUCACCAACUCCGUGUCCUUCCUCAUCUCGUUCGUCACCUGCCUGCCCAUCAUUGUGUAUUCGACGGAUGAGCGGUACGAGAACCUCAUGAUCUACCUGGCCACGUUCAUCAAGUUCCUCAACGCCCUCACCUUUUUCACGGUGAACCUGCAGUGCCUGGAGAUCUAUCCCACGUGCAUGCGUCAGACGGGCGUGGCGUUGGGCACCAUUCUGGCCAACGCCAUCGGCGUCCUGGCCCCGUACCUGGUCUACCUGGGCACCACCGUGGACAUCCGGGCACCGUACUACAUCCUGGGCGUUCUUUUCCUGCUGGGCGGCAUUGGAGCUCUCUUCCUGCCGGAGACCCUGCACAAGAAGCUGCCGGACACCAUGGAGGAGGCGGGUCACUUUGGCAAACACGAUAAAUUCUUCAGUCUGCCGAAACCGCCGCCGGCGGCGGAGAAGGACGACAAGCUGUCAUCCCAUCCGGAGUUAACCAGGCUCAGACGCUCGGAGACGGCGCCGUGA